GAGAGAGAGUGUCUAACUUCACAGGGUGUGUGAGAGAGAGUUUAUGGAGGUUUCCCCCCCCCCUUCUUCCCCUUCCAAAGAUCUUCUGACAAUAAUGUCAUUGUCAAUAUAAGAGUUGUUAAUUCUUUAUGAAUAGUACAUGGGGCCUCUUGACUAAAUAGUACAUGUCCCAAAUCUGUCAGCUGGACUCUUCCUUCACAUGCUAGUGAGAUCACUUUGAUUGGAAUGUUACAGGAAUGGCUCCAUCCGCCACACAGCCCUGAAUACGACAUUAUAUAAUUAGAUCUCCCAGAGUAGUGAUAGUAGUAGGAUUAGUAUCCCCCCCCCUACCCCGUUACCUCAUUAUUGUAGCUUAAAUAUGGGAUCAGGCCCUUUGAUGAUUUUAGUGGUUGUAAUUAUAUUAACGCGAUUCAUUUUAUGGUCCUGUUUCAGCGCUUAUUUAGAUUACAAACUGUCCCGUAGGUUUCCUGAAAAGAGGAAGGACUCUUGAAAGAGCUCAUAUGCAUUUUCAAUGAACAAAUGGUGCCUUGCUGGACAAUGUCAUAGAACAGGACACUCUUUUUUAAAAAAACUUUUCAAAGGGGCUAGUUAAUGAUUCUUUUCUUCAUAGGGUCAACUGAGUUUAGGGUCCAUUUGUUUAAAUAGGCCUAGAUUAUAAUAAGCAGCGAAUUGCAAAGUAGUCCAGUCAACUGGUGUUCAUGAAGUUGUUGCUGGAACAGACCUGUAACCAUUUGCUACCUAAGUAUUUGGAUAGGCUGAAUGCAAUCUUAUUGAAUCCAGGCAGCCAAUUGGACAAUUCCACUGUCUUGACAAAGUGAGAUGACUUCUUUCCUGUUGCACAAGUUGCUGACCUGCUGCCUGAGUCUACAACAGCUGCCUAUAUGCAAAGACUCACUCAUAUCAACUUGAAUCAGGAAGAUCAGCAUCCCCCUGAAGCACUGAUGCAAAUAGUUGUUUCUAAAAAAAAACAAGAUGGACAUGUUUGGAAGUGAUUGUUUAGAUCUCAACAUUCUAAAUGGAUCUGGGCUUUGAAGACAUGCCACUCGAAAACUGUUUAAUUAAAAUGAACCUCAAUAGUGACUGUGA